AUGUUUGUGACUUCAGCGCUUAGUUUACUAUACCUUUUCAACGUCUCUGUUCGCGCGGGGACGACGGUCUGGUCGGGUUCCUUUAACUCGUAUCCUACCGUCUCUGCGUUCGAUAACUGGUCUUGGGCUGACGAGGUUGGAGAAUACCAGUGGUACAUCCACGGAACACAACCAACCUCGCACUACCUAGCCCUCGACCCCUCAUAUAAGAACCCCGCCGACACCGCGGAGACCAAUGGCUUGCGAGUCACUAUUGACUCGACGGCCACAUGGAACUCGCAGAUGGAGAGGACAGAGCUGAUUCCGCAGACCACGGCAAACCUCGGAACGGGGAAUCUUUUCUACCACUUUUCCAUUAAGCGCGAUAGCACGAGUCCUCCAGAGUCGACCUUAGAACAUCAAAUCUUUUUCUUUGAAUCCCACUUCACAGAGCUCAAGUAUGGUGUUGCCCCUAACCAAACCUACCUGGAAUGGCACGUUUCAAGUUCUCCCCAGUGGGGCUUUUUCUGGGAGGCGGAUACCUGGUAUAACUUUGCUUACGACAUCGAUUUCUCUGCGAGCACUGUCGGCCUCUGGUUCUCGGAGGGCUCCGCCCCAAUGACCAAGGUCUUUAACAACAUAGCCGCGUCGACGUCCACCAACUCGGAGGACUGGCACGUUGGAGUCUUACGCAUAGUCAACGAUGCCACUCCGGAGAACUUCUACUUCUCUGGUGUGUAUAUCGAAAGCGGCCCAAUUACGACGAGUGUUGGAAGCGGAUCAAGCGCCCCUUCGUCCUCGUCACCCCCUGUGACUUCCACAAUUUCGUCACCAGCGAGCUCUUCGACGUCGGCGUCCAGUACUUCGAGUGCCGUCGGACCUACGCAGACCAAGUAUGGGCAGUGCGGAGGUACCGGAUACACCGGUCCCACCACAUGCAUCAGUGGAACUGCGUGCAUUGCCGUGUCGGCCCCCUAUUAUUAUCAGUGCCAGUGACAUGUUCAGGCGGUCGUAGUACAGGCAUUUUGAAGUUCAGGCUAGCAACAAAGGAAGGGAUGGUCAUGGUCAAACACGAUGGCCGUGUACACCGUUGUUAUGUAUGCUGGAGAAUUAUGACAUUUUAUUUUCCGAACUGCCUAUACAAAUUCAGCAAUCCCUAUCCGGAGAAUUUGAGCACAAGAAAUGGAGUAGAUAAAAGAAAUAUAUUGUACCAAUGAUGCCAC